GCGCCGCCGAGGGAGGCCGCGACGGAGCUCCCGGACCCGCCAUGGGCUGAGACGCGUCCUCGCCGAGCAGAACAUGCCCGGGUGACCUUCUCCCGGAUCUUCCUCGUGGCCUUCCUCGCCCACUCUAGUGACACUAUGCAACCCCAGCGUGACCUGCGAGGCCUCUGGCUGCUGCUGCUGUCCUUGUUCCUGCUCCUUUUUGAGGUGGCCAGAGCGGGCCGGCCCGUGGUUAGCUGUCCCACCGCCUGUUUGUGCGCCAGCAAUAUCCUCAGCUGCUCCAAACAGCAGCUGCCCAAUGUGCCCCAUUCCCUGCCCAGCUACACGGCGCUGCUGGACCUCAGCCACAACAACCUGAGCCGCCUGCGGGCGGAGUGGACCCCCACGCGCCUGACCCAGCUGCACUCCUUGCUGCUGAGCCACAACCACCUGAACUUCAUCUCCUCUGAGGCCUUCUCCCCCGUGCCCAACCUGCGCUACCUGGACCUGUCCUCCAACCAGCUGCGCACGCUGGACGAGUUCCUGUUCAGCGCGCUGCAGGCUCUGGAGGUGCUGCUGCUCUACAAUAACCACAUCGUGGCGGUGGACCGCUGCGCCUUCGACGACAUGGCCCAGCUGCAGAAACUCUACCUGAGCCAGAACCAGAUCUCCCGCUUCCCUCUGGAACUGGUCAAGGAAAGAGCCAAGCUGCCCAAACUGACCCUCCUGGACCUCUCCUCCAACAGGCUGAAGAACCUGCCCCUGCCCGACCUGCAGAAGCUGCCGGCGUGGGUCAAAAACGGGCUGUACCUGCACAACAACCCGCUGCACUGCGACUGCGAGCUCUACCAGCUCUUCUCUCACUGGCAGUACCGGCAGCUGAGCUCCGUGAUGGACUUCCAAGAGGAUCUGUACUGCAUGAACUCCAAGAAGCUGCACAGCGUCUUCAACCUGAGCUUCCUCAACUGCGGCGAGUACAAGGAGCGUGCCCGGGAGGCCCACCUAGGGGAGAAGCUGACCAUCAAGUGUGACACCAAGCAGCAGGAGAUGACCAAGGUGUGGGUGACGCCAAGCAACGAGCGGGUGCUAGAGGAGGUAGCCAAUGGCUCGGUGACAGUGUCCAAGGAUGGCAGCCUUGAGUUCCGCCAGCUGCGGGUCGAGGACGGUGGCGUGUAUACCUGUUACGCCAUGGGCGAGACUUUCAACGAGACCCUGUCCGUGGAGUUGAAAGUGCACAAUUUCACCUUGCACGGACACCAUGACACCCUCAACACAGCCUACACCACCCUCGUGGGCUGUAUCCUCAGCGUGGUCCUGGUCCUGAUAUACUUAUACCUUACCCCUUGCCGCUGCUGGUGCCGGGGUGUAGAGAAACCUUCCAGCCAUCAAGGAGACAGCCUCAGCUCUUCCAUGCUUAGCACCACGCCCAACCAUGAUCCUAUGGCUGGGGGGGACAAAGAUGAUGGCUUUGACCGGCGGGUGGCUUUCCUGGAACCUGCUGGCCCCGGGCAGGGUCAGAACGGCAAGCUCAAGCCAGGCAACACUCUGCCGGUACCUGAGGCAGCAGGCAAGGGCCAGCGGAGGAUGUCGGAUCCAGAGUCGGUCAGCUCAGUCUUCUCUGAUACGCCCAUUGUGGUGUGAGCAGGAUGGGUUGGUGGGGAGAGUGCCCCAGGAGAGGUCAUGCCCCCCUGAAGGCUGUGAGGGGAUGGAAGAGAGGGCUGGCUGCCCUGACCUCAAGGGAGUUGGUCAUAGGUCCCGCAGAGGGCAAGACCCCAGCCAGAGUGUGGCUGCCACGAUUUUCAAAUAUGGAUAUACUCAUCCUCAGGCGAAUGCUACACCCCUACCCAAAGCCCUGGCCGUUCCCGGUGUGGUGGAGGAAGAGAGGCAUGUCUGCGUUGGAUGGGAAUGAGGAAGGAGUGAGGGGAAGAACAGAUUCCCUAAACUUGUUCGAGGUCAUCCCUAGCUCCUUAAGAGAAAACCAUUUGGGGAAAAAAAUGUUUUUUUCUAUCUCUGCCCACUCGCACCUGUGAUGUGUGUGUUGGGGGCGUUUCCACAGGAGCCACACCAGGGGAAAGCUAGGGUAUCUUCUUGGGUCAGGAAGUCAAACUUCACAGCUGGGGAAAUUGGAAACCUUUAGAAAAUGAGACAGGAAAGGCUGAGAACUCAAUCAAUAACAUUCCCAAAGCUGUUGUAAGACUUCCCACUCAAGCCUUCCUCUUUCUCCAUGAUCCCUGGGGGGAUGGAUCUUUGCAGGAGCCCGGCCUGUGGCCUGUUGGUUAUGGCAGCAAUGUGAGGUGUGGUCGCUGUGCCUUGUCCCGGGACCAGUGGCACGGAGGGGGAUAGCAUGAUCUGAGGGGUCCGUGUCACAGAACAGGCGCCAGCACAAAACUUCCAGAUGGGGGUGGACUCCAGAUAGGUAAAUUCUCUGGUUGGUGAAACCCUUGGCCAGUAUUUGACUCCCAGCAUCUGUGUGUCAGACCAGAGUGGGGGCGCAGAAGGCAGAGCGUUUAUGGACCCCUGCCACGGAUGUGUGGACCUCCUUCACACCAGAAGGAGGAGGGUCAAUCAGCCUCUGUCAUGUGGCAUCCGGCUGGGCCUGGGUUUCUGUGUAUGUCUUCUCUUCAUUCAGCCUCCUUAUCGAGUUCAGGUGGGAUUCCGAGUGUCCCCUAAAAUGCUGCUUUGAAGGGAGGAGUUGAAGAACGUCUAGCCCAGUUGGGUUAGGCUGAGCUGGGAGGAAAAGGGGACCUGGUGUGUCUCUCCCCUGUGUCGACAAGCCUGCCUCGCUCCUCUCGCAAAGAUGUCACCCCUGCUGCAAAGCCAAAGUGUGGGGUCAGAGGGGUUGGAAUUGGGUGGUCUCUGCCCAAGAAUGGCAACUUGGAGUGCGGCUUAGAGUCCUGCCCUCUCCCCAAGAUUCCAGGCGACCCUGUAGCAGAGACCAACAGUCGCGCUAAACUCUCAGAAGGAAAGUGCUGCCACCCCAUCCCUCUCAGUCAGAGGUUCGUGCAGCUGUAGUUGUCAGGCCAGAGGAACUUAAGAAGAAUGAGCCCGACAUUAUAGUUCAUCCAGGGUUGCGGAACACUCCAGGAAUGGAGAUGACGGAUCCCUUUCCCUUUGGCCAUACUGUAUGCCCCUGGAGGUGGUGGCUCCGAGCUUUGGCAGGGGAACGGGCAAGGCAAAGGUGAAAAUGUUCUCUGAUGUUGGUUUUUUCAGUGUCUCUUCCCUCCCACAUUUCCUGUCUGUUGGAAGUUCUCCAGAUCCUCUAGCUUUUUGACCAGCUCUUUACGUCCUGAGAGGUGUUACUUACCUGCGGGUGGGGGUGCUUGCUGGGAGGGCCUGACUAUUAAGCUUCCUAUUAAGAUCGGGGAACGGGACUCCACAUCUUCCCCUUGUCUGGUCCUGGGAUCUCAAGACUGCUGUCCAUCCUUUAUUAGUAACCUAGUUUCGUCGAGAGAAAGGUGCAGCAUUUUCCUCAAGUACUUGCAUGCUCGUAGGUAUGCAUGCUUAUAGGUAUGCAUGCACGCACACCGGUACCUUGACUUCCAUCAGGACAGGGAACCUGCAGUCCCACUAAUGCCACUCUUGGAAUGGUCUCCACCAUGUAUACAACUUCACGCACACAACUUUCUUGCCCAGUAGGAGAGACAGUGACCAUGCCAGGCUCCUCAAACACACAAACUCUUGUAUUGUAACUUCUGAACUCCUGAGACUUCACCCCUAUCUCUGCGGCACUGAAUGACUACUCUGCAGAGGCUGGAGAUAGGAGAGACGUGUGGAAGACCUUGGGAGAAGGGGUGGUGAGGACCUAGCUGGUUCCUCAGACUUCUCAGAAACCUUCCCUAGAUUAAAGACUAUCUUUGAGAGAAAUUAAGAGAGAACUAGGUCAUUGAAGGACCCGGAAGGGAACUCGUACAGAGCCAAGCAGCUGUGAGUUGCUCUUCCUAGGUUAAUUGCCUGCAGAAGAGAAAAGUUGUCUGGUUAUAGUCCAGAGACUUCUGAAGCUUUUGUUACUGGAGCUAUAGGAGCCAGAAAUCCCUCCUCAGACUUCUCGGGAAACAUGGGAGAAUCUCACCUCCAUGCUGCCAUUCCCCCCUUGACACCCUCUAGGGCUCUGAAAAGCUUUAAAGUGAAUGUCAGAGGAAGCAGGCCCUCUGAGCAUUCUAGCAGAGCUCCUGAGGACUCUCUAGGAGGGCCAUCUUCUUAAGUCCUACCCAGCUUGGGGAAGGAGAAAGGGCACUGCGGCUCUAAGGCUCCUGCUAUAUCCAGUAGUUCAGCCCCCAGUUUGAGAUACCUGGCAGAUGUGCCUGGCUGCCCCACCAAGUUAGCAGAUUCGCUUCUUCUCAGGGUUUCAGUUGAUAGAGCCCAAAGGGAGCUUUGUAAUUGGGGGGUUGUGCACUCAGCAUAUGUAAUCACACCAGAACCCUGUGUAGAAAAUGGCCAGAUGUUGGUUAUCAGAAAAGGCUGAGCGAUCACCUCCUCCCUGCCAGAAACCAGAUACAUCUCCCAGGAGGCAAGUGUCCCUGGAGACAGCGUGACAGGGCUCUACAGUCUGUGUAAUUAUUUGUGAUUUUUUUUUGUCUGUAUUUAUGAGGUCUCCUAAGAGAGGGUACACCCCAGCUGGAGAGAGCAAAGCCGACUGACCCGGCUUUCUGUGUUCUUACCUCUGUUCUUCCAUGUAGCCCUGCUGGCAGAGCAAGCAGGUGCCCAUAUCCACUGCCCCGUUCCUCCCACUUGUGUGCUCCCAGGCUGGCAAGUCUUGGAGCCUCUGGGCUCUGACAACUAGACAAUGAUCAUUAAACCUGGCUUGAGUCUCUGUUCUGGCA